AUCGCCAUGAUCGUCAUCUCAGUGGCUGUUGUUGUUGCCGCAUUUCUUGGCGGAUUAAGGCGGUCGUCUUGCCAGACCCAGCGACGACUCUCGAUCGUCCACAUGGAGUGUCACCAGAUCGCACUCCGCACCCCGCAACCCGCACCACACGCCCGGCGCAGCGCAUCCACUAUCCAUUCCUUUAACUGGAUCUCCAAGGACAAUCGAGAAAGGACCGACAAAUGGCACCCAAAAUAUUGGCAAAGCAGCAUUGAGGAGCCGAUAAAACCCCAAAAACCAAUAACAAUAUCAGUAACAAUAUACACAACAAUAAACGAACGAAAACCAAUUUACAAUUUUAUUAUAUUUUCGCACACGUAUAAAGGCGGAGAAAGGGCAGGAGCCAGGAUCCUACUGACAAAAUGGCCGAGUGCGAGUGGGAGGGAUGCAAUCAGAGUGAGAAAGGAUGAUGAGUGA